UACGACGAUUAUAAUCUUUAAAGGAGUGACGAACCGGCUAUGAUUAAUGUUAAUUAAUUUCACAUCGGGUAAAGAAUAUAAAAUCACUUAUUACGCACGUACGAGAUUACAUUAGAAAGCUAAAACAAAGUAGACUUCAAAUUUUCUUAAAGAAAGCGCACACCUCCAAUUUUUGCAGAAAAUGGAAGAAAAAAGUGGACCACCACCUGGUUAUACUGAUGCAUCAUACCCGUCUCAACAACAACCAUAUCCUCCGCAACAACAGCCUUAUUCUCCAGAGCAACAGCCUUAUCCUCCGCAGCAACAGCCUUAUCCUCUGCAGCAACAACAACCACAACCCUAUCUUCCUGAAAAUUCUUCACAAUAUCCCCAACAGCAAUAUGUUUAUCCUGCGCAACAACCUCAGCAACAAUACAUGCAGGGACAGGAGCAGGGCUUUGCCUCCAAUACGCAAACAACUGUAGUAGUUUCGCAACCACAGGCUUUUGUGCAAGCUCCAGUUUACGUGGAAAACUAUGCUGCAUUGAGCUGGUUUGCUUGUUUAUGCUGCUGUUGGCCAAUAGGUAUCGCUGCAAUCGUUAAAUCAAGCGAGGUUAACAGUGCAAUGGCAGCAGGAGAUUUCCGUCGAGCCCAAGUAGCGUCUAGUGACGCAAAAAAAUACGCCAUAAUAGCUAUCAUUUGUGGUCUUAUUUUGGUACCACUCAUUAUCGUUGGAAACGUGCUAAGAAACUCUUAAACAUAAAUAUAAGUUUGUGAUUAGAAGAAAUCAUACUCCAGUAGAAAGAAUAUCUUUUCCACGAAAAAAGAUUCUUUUUUUUUUUUUUUUGUUUUUUGGCGCAAUUUAAUUUUUCAACAUGUCAAACCUUUUAGACCAUUUUAGCCAAUGUCAAACUAUUGGACGAUGAGAAGUACAAAAUCCUUCUCCACAAGAGAGAUUUCAAGGAAAAAAUAUCAAUGUAGCGCGUGUUUGCUCUGUUUUGUAGAAUAGUAAAUGGCUUGUUAUCGAAACUUUAUUUUAACAUUUUGGAGUGCACAGAUAGUAUUCAUUGUUUGAAUUUUUGUAGCUCUUUUUUAGUGACAAAAAUAAAUAUAUAAACAAGAAGUAAAUCUCAUUCUGUAAUAAAAUGAAACCUUUACAUUUCUUCUAUAUUAUGAUACCCAUAUCUGUUUUUUGUCUGUGAGCCAAAGUAUACUAAGUUUUUUCUAAAAAUUAACAGCAUGGAAUUCCAUUUAUGUAGCCAUUUUGAUGGUAAUCAUACGUGCGAUGUUAAUCACACGUACGAAGUAGUGUAAUAUGUCGAUUUACCCUUUCCUCCCGGCGGUGAUCGUGGUGUCAUUUUCAAAACACUGGAUGCGAAUGUUGAUAAAUGUGGGUUUGACUGGAUCAAAAAUAUAUUGUCAACCCGGUAAUAUGAUGUGGUCGUUUCUGUAGUGUUGAGUAGAUGGAAAUUUAUGGAAAGAAAGAACCUUAUCAUUUAGCUGUUCUUUCUUAACUUUUUAUUAUUUUAUGUUUCUUAGCUGGAAAAGGCCUGGGCUAUUCCAAAUGUUAAAAGAAGUUAGCUACAAUAAUUUCUGAUAUCAACGAUUUUAAGAGAUCGUGAGUAGUUUUAGUUGGUUUUGUACCUAAAUAGUUCCUUAACCCUAUUAACCCAUAUUAUGGACGAGGGGGGAGGGGCAAAAAAUUGAAUCAAACUUGGCACACUUAUAGUACGUCACAAAAGGAACAAAAGGACAGCUAUAAAUUUUUGCUUAUGUCAGCACAUUUUCUGUGACGUCAACGAAAGCUUAAAAUUUGUUCAAAAUACCACCAUCUGCUUAAAGUUUAAUUGCUUUAGUUCCACAGCGAAGUUUUACAUUCUGUUUGAAGUUUCUGAAAGCUAAAUAAAAGUUAUAUAACACAUUUUCAAAAAUUGCCCGAAAAUCCGGUUUUUCCUCGUUUUGAGGCAAAAUCCCAAAAAAUCAAGAAUUCAAAUGGGAACAAUAUACACUAGACAUUUUAUACCUGGGAAACACAAACACAAAAACAAGUUUUUGUUAUGGAAAUGUAUAUAUAAAUUUCUUAAAUAAACAACAUUGUAUUUACA